AUGUGGAAGUCACUCUUUACCUUCUCUCGUAGGAAAGCCAAGCGGGAAAUAUCCCAGCAGUCGAAGUAUGAUCAACGAGCACUACCAGAACAGUCGACGAGAAAAUCCUCACGAGCUGUAGGUCCCGGCGCUACGGCGAUCCCAACUUUGAUUGUGCCGGAGCAACGCGCAGACUCUGACAAAGAGAAAGCGAAUGACGUGGAAGAACAUGCGGGAGAUUGUUGUCUAAGUAGUGACGAUCUUAAGGCGAUAGCGGAAACGAAGAUCAUUUCUCCCUCGUGUACCAAAAAAGACGGUGCGUCGCAGAGCCAAGACUCGAAUUCGAAAUCCUCUUCAACGGAUGCCAAGGGAAAUGGCCAUGAGGAGUCCACAGAUUUCACUUACUUUGACUUUCUUGGCUUGCUGUGUGGGGCAUCCUUGAUUUUAGAACUAUUUCUACCCAGGGCUCACCACAAAGCUACCAGCGAGGCAACGAAAGCGCCGGACUGUGGAUUCGAUCCAUCGUCGGAAGAAGGGAUCGAACAGACCCUGAUGAUGGAUGAGAUUGGAGAUUGGGCUCAAGUUUGCAAUGCUAUCGACGGGUCUCGUGACUCGUCGCUAUAUAAUGGCUCCGAAAAGACAAGUCAGGCCGUGCGAGAAACCGGCAUACCGACGCAUAGACUUGUUCCGGACAGUACCGACGCAUCAACUGACGACGAAGCUUGCCUUAAAACGGACACACGUUCAAUUGAACGGCAUGUCUGCAACACCACUUUAGUGGCCCCACACCAAAUUCAAAGGGAUACUAUAGUGGACGUAUCUGAUGAUCAAAAGUUGCCUAGUGAAGGAUCCAAUAGAAACACCGAAAAAAAUUAUGGAAUGGCAUUAAGUGGUCUGAAUCCAAAAGCUCUCGAUAAUCAACAUCAAACAGCUUCGAAAAAAACAAGGGUGAGAUCGUUUAAGUCGUUGUUAGGCUCCCAGCGCCUGCGAACCAACACCCGGUCACAAGGUGUCGGUAUUGCGGUCAAUGGCAGCAGCACGUCGUUAAAAACGAAAACAAAAACAGGACUCCGUCGUGGAGGCUACUCGAACGCGUCCAAUCAGCGUCGGAAGGAAUCAGGUCCUCUUCCUCCAGAACAAAACCGAAAGCGCCUCGGCUUUUGGAAAAAGAAGUUAUUAAACCAGAACCCAGGUCUCGCUUCAAAAAAUAUGGAGGAGCCUCGUCUGGAGGCCGCGAAAGUAUCUGCCAUGAAGGCAGCUGCAGUUCCCUGUCCUGAUAGAAACUCCGCAACAAACUUACCGACGGUAAAUGCGAUGGAGAAAGAAUGCACAACCGCUGGUAAAGACACCGUCAGCCGACAGUACGAAGCACAAAGGGAAGAUUGGAUCACCUACAAUGCCACCCGAGCAGCACGUACUCAUGCGCGCCCAUGCACCAUUUGCUGA